AUGUUCGCCAAAAUCGAUGAACGCACUGGUGAGCCAGUUUUGCAAAGUAACCCAACACCUUUACCAGCAUUAAAUAUAAAGUACUCUUUCCACCCAUUCCAACUAUCUCACGAAGAGAUCGAAAAACGUAAGCUACUACUUAAUGAUCCAAAAUGGCGACCGGCGCCAUUGUGUGUAGUUAAUACCAUGGUCAACCAUGGACGCGUCGAACUUUUAGCUCAUCCAUUGAGUCAAAAAUAUUUACAAAUGAAAUGGAACUCUUAUGGAAAAUAUUUUCAUCUAACUAAUCUCUUGAUAUAUUCAAUAUUUUUAUUGUUUGUAACAAUUUAUUCGUCCUUAAUGAUGAAUGGUAUUGAAUUACGGAAUGCGGCAAAUAAACAAGAAAUCAAUAUCAGUAAAAACGAAUUCGAAGGACAUAACCAUUCCAAUUGGUUCCCAGCAGUAGCUCCAGAUAUCUUGCUAAAUACUCCAUGCUAUGAAAGCAUUCGAAAAUCAUCAGCUAUUGUUGUAUGCGCGGUUGCUAUUAUUGUCUACAUUACCUUGAACUCUUUGCGCGAGAUAAUUCAAAUGUAUCAACAACGUCUGCAUUAUAUACUGGAAAUAGUUAAUCUGAUCUCUUGGGUAUUAUAUAUAUCAGCAUUGAUAAUGGUUACCCCUGUUUUUGAUGCUGAUGGUAGAAUCAAUACAAUACAUUAUUCCGCUGCUUCGAUAGCUGUGUUUCUGUCAUGGUUUAGAUUGUUGCUGUUCUUACAACGUUUUGAUCAAAGUUAG